CACAAUAGAAUCAUGGUAUCAGUUACCAAACGCUGUACUGAUUGCUUCUGUAGAGUACGAAAUGCAGGAAUAUUCUCUGGUGAUAUCAAGUGUGAUGACUGUGCAAGGAUCAAGAGAGGAGUUGUAUAUCCAAAAACUUGUGCCUGCUGCAGGAAGGUAGAUAAUCUGAAGUAUAACUACAUGCAGAGAACUGGAUGCUACCUUUGUGAUGUUUGCAGUGAGAAUGCUAGAUCUUACAUCCGAAACAAAGAUAGCAAAGCUCUGAAAGCUAUGACAGACACCAUAAUGUUUAAUGGCUAUACUGUACCACAGCAGUAUCUUGAUGAGUUGGAGCGCCAGGAGAAAGCGGAGGACUUGGAACGCCAAAGAAAGGCAGAUGAAUUAGAACGUCAAAGGAGAUUGGAUGAAUGGGAACGUCAAAAAAAACUGAAUGAAUUUAAGCGUCAAAGGAGGAUAGAUGAAUUGGAAUGCCAAAGGAAAGCAGAUGAAUUAAAACACCAAAGGAAAAAGGAUGAAUGGGAACAUCAAUGGAGAGUGGAUCAACAGGAAUACGAAAGAAAAGUGAAUGAGAGUGACAAGAGUGUUAUAUGUGAUGAUUGUCGCUCUAUUAUAAAAGUAAAAGGAUAUUUUAAAAAAGAAGGCAAAUGUCUUUGUGACCAGUGCGCAGGAGAUUAUCGCAUGUUCAGAAUGAAAGCAUUAGAGAAGAUGCUAGAAGCUCCUCCUGAAGAUUGGCCAAAAUAUCAGCAGCGAUUGGCUUUAAAUAACUAAACAUUAUGUAUAUGUACAUGUAGACUUAGCUAGUACAAUUAUUAAAUAUUGUCCAUUAUUCAAUAAUAACGUAUAUUGCCAUUGCAAAAUAAAGUCCUCAUAAAACUUU